AUGGCCGAGAAAGUUUUAACCAAGUCAGGGGGGAAAAUAAGUGGGGAUUUAACCACAACCCUCCUAGCAGCAGCACUGCUUUCAUCUUUGGGAAGCUCCAUGCUUUAUGGCUAUAACCUGGCUGUAGUCAAUUCUCCUGCUCAGUACAUUAAGGACUUUUAUAACCGCACUGCAGCAAGGCGCAAUGGGAGCGGUCUGAGCACUGACAGCAUCACCGUGUUUUACUCCAUUACCGUGUCCAUUUUCGCCAUUGGUGGACUGGUAGGCUCGCUUACUGUGGGAAUGCUAGUCACCAAAUUUGGAAGGUACUGCACUAUGUUAAAGAGUACAUUCCUAGUGUUUGUAGCUGGUGGACUGAUGGGCUUGAGUAGGCAUAUUGGCGUUCCUGAGAUGAUCAUCAUCGGACGCUUUAUCACGGGAAUACAUUCAGGUAUCUCACUUAGUGUUGUGCCUAUGUUCCUGGAAGACAUUGCUCCAAAGAACCUCCGGGGUUUCCUUGGCCUUGUGCCUAGCAUCUUCAUCUGUAUUGGAGUUUUCAUUGCUCAAAUUUUUGGACUUAAUAAAGUCUUGGGAAAGGAACAGCACUGGCCUCUUUUGCUCUCUCUAAUGGUGGUCCCAACCUUUAUUCAACUAAUGCUACUGCCGUGGUUUCCUUACUUGCUGAUUGAAAAACACAACAUUCAUGCCACUCUGAAUGGCUCCGAGGACCCCGCUGAGUCCUGA